GUGAGUGUUUGUGUGGUCGUGUCGCUUACCGUUCCUGCUUCAACGAACAGUCAGAGAUUGCUACUGAGGAGGAUAUCAGGUUGGCUGUGGUGCGUGCCUUCUCCCGUGAUGUCGGAGCGGAGAAGAGGCAGAGGCCUGCUGACAAAUGUACGGCGGCCAUCUUGUUCGCCUUCUUCAACGCGGAGACAGAUCUCCCCAACCCCAGACAAAUGGAACGGAUCCCAUCAGCGUUGGCGGCCUCUUUCUUCGAGGAAGAGGUGGAGGAGGGUGGGGGGACUAGUAUUCCAGCCGACAUUGCGGCGGCCUUCUUCGCAGAAGACCUGCUGGAAGGGCCGUCGUCUCCCCCUCCUCCUCCAACACCGCCGGCCAAGACUUCGCCGCUGCUGUUGGUGGCGGGCCCCUCUGGGACAUGUCCCUGGGGUCAGCCGCUAACUGCCGACGAAAAAAGAGGGGUCCGGCUACCUGCUACAAACCAGCAGGUGCCGGCUCUGCCUAGCGGCAAAGUCGUGGCCAAACUGAUGGCUAUGGACGCCCAGCGGGGAGGGGAGAAUUUUGGGAAAAAAGCUAAAUAA